UCAUCUCCGCCAGUUCCUCCAGCUUGGUGGCGCAUUAUCGUUACCAGAAGCACUUCCCUUCCUCCGUGUCUCUUUCUCUUUCUUACGUUCUCUGUUUUUUUUAUUGCAUAAUUUCCAAAACCCAUCGCCAUUUUUGGCGUUACCAGCUAACUCUGUUUGCCUUUGCCUGUCCUCAGUUACAAGACAAAAUUCAUUCCCUACGCAUCUUCACUCUCUCUGAUACCCUUCUUCUACCAAUUUCUCAUACCCAAUUCGCCCAUUAAACCCAUUAAUCCAUCCAAACUGGCUCCCAUUUCAUACAAGAGCUGAGUUGAGCUCCCGGAAGCUCUGUUUUCGCCCCUUGUUGUUCUUCGUUUUACAAUUAUGGCCUCUGGGGUUCUUUUUCCUUCUGUUUUCUUCACAAGAAAGCAUAGCAACAACCGCGGUUUUGGACUUCCUGCUCGUAAUUCCGUGGUGGGUCGAAGAUUCUUGGUUCGAUCCUCCUUGGAUACAGAUGUUUCAGAUAUGAGUGUUAAUGCUCCCAAAGGGUUGUUUCCCCCUGAACCUGAACGUUAUCGAGGACCCAAAUUGAAAGUUGCUAUUAUUGGAGCUGGGCUUGCAGGGAUGUCGACGGCUGUUGAGCUUUUGGAUCAAGGCCAUGAGGUUGAUAUAUAUGAAUCAAGAACCUUCAUCGGUGGGAAGGUCGGUUCGUUUGUGGAUAAACGUGGAAAUCAUAUUGAAAUGGGGCUACAUGUAUUCUUUGGAUGUUACAACAAUCUUUUUCGUUUAAUGAAAAAGGUUGGCGCAGAGAAGAACCUACUUGUGAAGGAUCAUACUCAUACUUUUGUAAACAAGGGAGGCGAAAUUGGAGAACUUGAUUUCCGCUUUCCUGUUGGAGCUCCCAUACAUGGAAUUCGAGCUUUCUUGGCCACGAAUCAGCUUAAGACGUACGAUAAAGCAAGAAAUGCUGUGGCGCUUGCCUUAAGUCCAGUCGUCAAGGCUCUUGUUGAUCCAGAUGCUGCAAUGAAGGAUAUUCGAAAUUUGGAUAGUAUAAGCUUUUCCGAGUGGUUCAUGUCUAAAGGUGGCACACGUGCGAGUAUCCAGAGAAUGUGGGAUCCAGUUGCUUAUGCUCUCGGCUUUAUCGAUUGUGACAACAUCAGUGCCCGUUGUAUGCUCACUAUUUUCUCGUUGUUCGCUACUAAGACUGAGGCUUCUCUAUUACGCAUGCUAAAAGGUUCUCCAGACGUUUUCUUAAGUGGUCCCAUACGAAAGUAUAUCACGGACAGAGGGGGCAGAUUCCAUCUAAGGUGGGGAUGUAGGGAGGUACUUUAUGACAAAUUUGCAGAUGGAGAAACUUAUAUAUCAGGACUGGCAAUGUCUAAGGCCACAAAUAAGAAAAUUGUGAAAGCUGAUGCUUAUGUUGCAGCAUGUGAUGUCCCUGGAAUCAAAAGAUUGAUCCCAUCUCAAUGGAGGGAAUGGGAGUUCUUUGAUAAUAUUUACGAGCUGAUCGGAGUUCCUGUUGUCACCGUCCAACUUAGAUACAACGGAUGGGUUACAGAGAUGCAAGAUCUAGAACGUUCGAGGCAGUCCAGGCAAGCUGUGGGGUUGGAUAAUCUCCUUUACACUCCAGAUGCAGAUUUCUCAUGCUUUGCAGAUUUAGCGCUAACCUCUCCAGAGGAUUACUACAUUGAGGGACAGGGAUCAUUGCUUCAAUGUGUCCUGACGCCUGGGGAUCCUUACAUGCCAUUGCUAAAUGAUGAGAUUAUAGCAAGAGUGACAAAACAGGUCUUGGCUUUAUUCCCAUCCGCACAAGGUCUAGAAGUUACAUGGUCAUCAGUUGUGAAGAUCGGACAGUCUCUAUACAGAGAGGCACCCGGCAAAGAUCCAUUUCGACCAGAUCAGAAGACACCCAUUAAAAACUUCUUCCUCGCCGGAUCAUACACAAAACAGGAUUACAUAGAUAGCAUGGAAGGAGCAACUCUGUCAGGGAGGCAAGCCUCUGCAUAUAUAUGUGAAGCUGGUGAGGAAUUGAUGAUGCUAAGAGAGAAGAUUGAUGCCUUUGAUUCUGAAACUGCCAAAUUAAGUGAUGAACUAAGUCUAGUUUAGCCUCAUCUAAAUUCAUUCUUAGCCACUAAACAAACGUGUAUAAUGUAAUAUCACCACCAUAGUAAAAUUAUAAGGCUAGGUCAGCUGAUUCCCUUGUAAUGCCACUCAUACCACUCUCCCUCUUUCUCACAUCUUUAAAUGACAUGGCUGAUCUUGUCUCUCGUA